AAGUAAUCUGCAAAAGUGAAAUUCGGAUUCGACAUGAUUUGAGAGAAAAAAUUUAUACUGAGUUAGGAAAAUUUGCUGAAAUACAUUUUCGAUCAACAGAAGUUCAUGAAGAAGGCUUUAAUAAAGUAUUUAAACCAGAAUUUGAGGCAUUUAAUCCACAUUCAAAUGAUAGUAAAAUUCAUAAGGAUGGAAAGCGUAAUUAUAAUAUUGAUUUCUUGUUAUUACACUUGCGAGAUACUCUUCAUUGUAUGAAUGAUGAUGAGAAUAAAUUUUUGGAAAUAUGGAAUAGAAUAAAAGCAAUUCUUGGUACAAUAUUAGGUACUACUCCAGCACUUGUAAAAACUGGAAUUUCACAUGGGACAGAUUUACCUAUUAGCAAUGGUGUAGAAUUGUUAUUUAAAUGUUUACAAGAAGCCUUUAAUUGGAAGUAUCCAAUUUCUUCAUGGUAUUAUGAAUGGAGAACACUACUUGAACUACAUUUUAAUAUUCAAAGCUUUCUUCAAGAAUGUUCACUUUCUUUAAAAUAUGGUGAAAGUCUAUUACUUGAAUGUUUAUGGUAUUGCGUGUCAAAAAUCUGGUCAAAUCCAAUAUCUCAAUCAGAAUAUCUUAUAAAUCAGAAGCAUUUAAUUAAUAAUCUUUUAG